GACCGGAGCCGAAGCUGACUGGAGGCACCAUGUUCAGGCUUUCUGUGUUGGUGUUUGUCUCGCUGAUAUUCGGCAUUGCGGCAAAGCCACAUAAACCCUGGAACAAAAUAACAGAUCAAACAUUCCAGGACACGCUUAUGUCGGUGGAUACAAAAGGGAAGUUGGAGGGAAAGGACCUGAAGGAGGAAGUGAACCCUCCAGAGGACAUGGAUGAGACGACAGACGACAUUGACCCCCGCAUGCUCAUAUGGAAGAACAACCAGGAAACGCACAGCCAGAAGGCGGAAGAGGACUUGGAGGAUCGGCAUCAUCUCUCUGCAGCUGAUCCGUUGAAGGUUGAGAACCUGGAGGCAGCUGACAUCCAACCCGAGCCCUCAGAGUCUGAAGACCCCACUCCAGAGGACUUGGUCAGAGCCUGGGAGAUAGCAGCCAAAUAUCUGGCUCCACUCUGGCUGGAAAACCCGCAGGGGCAGCCCGACUCAGAGCAGGACGCAGCGUCCGACCCCGUCUUCCAGAGCAGGCUUCACCACCAGCCAGAAGAGGACUUGGACCACCUGUUUCACCCCAACGUCGCUCCGCCCCUCCCUGUCCAGGUGGAGGCCAGGACUGAUGUUGAGAUUCAGUCUCCACGGAAACACAUGGAACCAGAGGAGGAUCUGGACCACAUGCACCACUUGUGAUGGAGCUACAGCAACAUCACUGAUGGAUGAAGAAAAUGAAUCAUUUGCUGCUCUAUAAGAUAGAAAUGAAUCGAGAUGAAGUACAGCAAUAAUUUAAC